AUGUCCAUAGACGUCUGCAGCGAGGACUAUGGCCUCUCCGCCAUCCGGAGAAGAUCUAAGACUCCUGGAGUAAUGAUCACACAGUAUGUAGUGAAUCUACCAGAGGGAAAAUCCACCCCAGAUUUCCAGUCGAAACCUAUGCCGGUAGAAAUUAAGGAAGGACAAUUGGCUGUUUUCAAGGCUAUAGUGACGGGGGAUCCAAAACCAGAGGUGUCAUGGAGGAGAACCAAAGGCCAUAUUUUAGACAAAAAGAAAUUCCUGACGAGAUACGAUGAAUCAACUGGAGAGCAUAUAUUAGAGGUUUACAAAGUGUCUGAAGAGGAAUCAGAUACGUAUAAGUGCUCUGCUGUGAAUGAAUUUGGCAAAGCUGUCUGCACAGCAACAUUAAACCUGAGUGACGUUUCAACAAACCCAUCAGAUUUCAGAAAACUGCUCCGGAGAAAGAAAGGAGGAAAUAAAACACAAGGGGAAACUGAUGAGAGAUUCUGGGACGCAAUGAUGAAAGCUGACAGGAGUGACUAUGAGCGCAUUUGUGCUGAGUUUGGUGUUACAGACAUACAAUCCAUUAUAAAGAAACUAGCAGAGAAGAAGAAGCAGAGAAGGCAAAAUAACUAUACGGAUGGUGAGAUACUUUCUGAUGAAGAUUCAAAAGAGAAACACGGCCUUAAGAGUUCUGGGAGGACAAAGGAUCAGAGAAUCAAUGGCCUGGUGCAGAAGGAUACAGGGAACAAUCAAGUAGAUGAAGAGGUCAACCGCCUGUUAACAGAGUUAAGACUUCGAAGUAUGGACUUCAUUAUCAAAAUUGAGGAAAUCAAUGCUGAAGAGAAUGAUGAUGUCCUCUUUGAGUGUGUCCUGGCGCAUCCAUUACCCAGUAUCUCAUGGAUGGGCAAGGACGGCGAGCUGGAGGAUGGGGAGAAAUACAGUAUCUCUGUAUCAGACCACCAACUAAUCCACACCCUGUUAAUUAAGGACUGCACACUGGAGGACAAAGGCAUAUAUUCAGCUGUGGCAGGCAAAGCGACCAGCAGUGCCUCGCUGGUUGUAGAAGAGAGGGACCCUUCAUCAGUGGGGAAGAAAACAGUCCGUUCAAGUAGAGCUCGGACUGAUCUGGAGAAAGUGGCCAGAGAGCAACAGAUGAAAAACCAAGAAGAGAUGGAGAAGAUUUUAGAAGCAGUGAGAGCAAAACACAAGGAAAAUCAACAGAAAGAGGAGAAUGAAUUAACCUCUGGUGGAAUAGACGGUGAGAUAAGUGAAGUUGCAGGACCAGGUCAAAACAGUGAAGCUCUAGAGGCCAAGUCAAAAGGGAAGAAAGGAAAAGUGAAGUUCAAAAUCUUAAGAGAAGAUGGUACAGAAGAAGAAAUAGAAGAUUCAGAGUGUUUAACAAACGCAGAAGGGGAACUGAUAGAAGGUGACCCAACAAAACAGAAAUCCAUCAAAUCAAGAGGUCAAGAGGACUCUGACAAGGUAACAGAAGAUGAAAAUGAAGACGCUGAUUCAGAUGGAAACGGAGAUGGAGACUCUUCUGGGUCUGCAGGACGCCGAGGGAAAAAAAAGAAGGGCCAGCGCAAACAACACUCAUCUGAUCCAAAUGAACUGGAAAGUGACAGCGAACAAAGUGACAGUGAUGAGGAUGAAGACUCUACUGGCCAGGUCAAACGUUCAGGUAGCUCAAAGAAAGGUCGACGCCGGUCACGUAAAGCAAUCAACGGUGAAAGUUUAGGUCCUGAAGAUCACAAUGAAAAUAAAGACACUGAAGAUGCAACCGACUCAGCUAAACCUUCAAGGCGUAAAAGACAAGUCCCACUGAUAGAAGACACAGUGAUUGAUCCAGGGGUUCAGUUUGUCUGUGGUUUGUCUGAUGUCAGCGCUAUCAUCCAUGAGACUGCAGAGUUCACAUGUAAGCUCAGCAGUGAAGACUGUGACGGAGUCUGGUUCAGAGACGGCAAAAAGAUAUUCCCAGAUGACAAUUUCACUAUCAGUAAGGAUGGUGCGAUCCAUAAACUGGUCAUUAUCCGCUGUGAGGAGGAGCACUCUGGGAAAUACCGUUUUGAGGCAGAUGGCCGUAAAACAGAAGCGAUGAUCAAUGUGAAAGAUCCUCCAAGGUUUGACCCAGAGGACCUCAUUUCAUUCACCGAGGCUGUGACAGUUAAAGUGGGACACGUUGCCAUCUUCAAAAUGCAAUUUGUUGGUCAUGAGCCCAUUAAAAUUCAGUGGUACAAGGAGGGAGACGAGUUACAAGAAGACAACAACGCGAGGAUUGAGAAAUCUGCAAGUCACAGCCGCUUGCUCCUGAGCAGGUGCCAAAGGAAAGACACAGGAGAGAUCAAAAUCAAGCUCAAGAAUGAACACGGCUCGGCUGAGGCGAUUUCACAGCUAAUUGUGCUUGGCAAACCCACCCCACCCCAGGGUCCUGCAGAGGUAACAGAGAGCUCAGCCAUGUGUAUAGAAUUUAGAUGGAGGCCUCCAAAGGAUGACGGUGGCUCACCAGUCACUAACUUCAUUCUUGAGCGACAGCAAGUGGGGCGAAACACCUGGAAGAAGUUGGGGGAAAUCCCAGGUGUGCCUAGCUACCGGGAUGCAGACGUGGACCACGGUCGAAAAUACUGCUACCGCAUCCGAGCAGUGACUGCUGAAGGCACGAGUGAAGUCAUGGAGACAGAUGAUAUUCAAGCCGGCACUCUGGCUUUUCCUGGGCCUCCAGCACCUCCACAGGUAGUCAGUUCUUACGACGACUGCAUCAACAUCUCCUGGGAUUCACCAAGUAACAAAGGAGGUUCACGAAUCCUGGGCUAUAUAUUGGAGAAACGCAAGAAGGGGAGUAAUCUCUGGACUGUUGUGAAUGCCUCAGAUGAACUAAUAAAAGAGAAAAAAUAUGCAGUUAAGGAUGUAGUGGCAGGUAUGCAGUAUGAAUUCAGAGUUACUGCCAUAAACCUCUCAGGAGUUGGUGAGUUCAGCAGCCCAUCAGAGUAUGUGUUCGCACGGGAUCCCAAGAAGCCUCCUGGUAAAGUCAUAAGCUUGAGGGUGACAGAAACGUCUUACUCUCACAUUGUCCUGACAUGGACCAAACCUGAGGACAAACCAGGGAUACAGGAUGAAGUAAAGGGAUACUUUGUUGAGAUCAGGCCUGCUGAGGACAUUGAAUGGUCCCGCUGUAAUACCACACUGCUCAUCACGACUACCUACAGUGUGAAAGGCCUUAAAUCCAUGGGCAUGUACUGGCUGAGAGUGACUGCUAGUAAUGACGGAGGAGUGAGUGGUCCUGCGGAGCUCUCCAACUAUGUCCUUGCAAUGCCCUCGCCUGUGAGGCCAAAGUUCACGAACCACAAGGUGAAGAGUUUCUUGGUUGUGAGGGCAGGAAACUCUGUCAGGAUCACAAUGAACUUUGAGGCCUCCCCACAGCCUAAAAUAAUCUGGCUAAAGGACAAUGUACCCGUGACAAAGAGAGUUACAAUCAGUAACUCUGAUGGCACGUCUCAGCUGCUGAUCCCCUCCUCUGAGCGCUCUGAUACUGGCAUCUACUCCAUUUUGGUGAAAAAUCUUGCAGGACAGGAGACGUUCAGUACAGAGGUCAGGGUCACAGAUGAUCCAAAGCCUCCUGGACUGGUAGAACUGGAGGAGAAUGUGCCAGGCACAGUCACAGUGAUGUGGGAGCCUUCCCCUGAUGAGAAGCGAGAUGACCGCCUCCACUACAUAUUGUCCAAACUGGACUCCACCAAACGCACAUGGGCCACAGUGGCAGACCGGCUCUUUAACAACAAGUUUACAGUCUGCAACAUCAUGCUGGGGAGGGAAUAUCAUUUCCGGAUCUAUGCCAAAAAUGACAUGGGUGUAUCUGCACCCUCAGAGUCUCCAAUUUGGGAGGUAGAGAGAAAGAAAGAGAAGUUUAUGGUGAGCGUACCGACCAGAGAGGACUGUGAUUUACGAUGUGCUCCAACCUUCAUUGUGCCUUUGAAGCUCCACACUGCACCCAAAGGCUAUGAAUGCUACAUGAGUUGUGCUGUGAAGGGAGAUCCCAAACCUCGCAUCACAUGGUAUCGAAACCACAUCAGCCUGAACACUAAUACCAACUAUUACAUUUCGGACACCUAUGGAGUUUGCUCCAUGCUCAUUCUCCGCGUAGGCCCCAAAGACAUGGGCGAGUACACCAUCCAUGCAGAGAACGCCCUCGGGCGGGCUGAGUGCUCCACUGUGCUCAGUGUCAAAGAGUGAAGAAACCACAGGCCUGAUGAAGCUGACUACAUUUAAAUUAUUUAAUACAUGGGUUGUGCCUGAAAUAGUUCACUCAAUCACUAUUCCCUGCUCACUAUGUAGAGACUUCUAUGCACAGGACAAGAAAGUGAGCUAGUCUGCAAAAUUAUAACUCACUCUAAGACCCAAAAGGAGUAUUCUCUCUGUGACUUUAAUGACCAUCAUUGGAUAUUUUCUUUCCUUCAACAUGUCAUGAUUAACAGUGCUGGCUGACUAAUUCAAAACUUUUCAGGAUGGCAGAUGGGAAACUUUAGAGAGGGGAUAUUAUGCUCAUUAUUUAGGCUUUAUAUUGUCCCUCUGAUAUCUCUGAAACAAUUUUACAUGAUUCACAGCUCAAAACAGUCUUUACAUAUCUCAGAUUGGCGUCAUUGAAACCCCUCAUUUCAUUUCACUGUCUCCUUAAGGCCCCCCCUCCCCUAGCUUUCCAGAACCCAGCAUUCUUGAGGCCUCCUUCACUGUUGCCAUGCAACAGAGUUGUGUGUCCCUUUUUUUAAAAUGACAAAUUUGGGGGCACCUGUUUGGCCUAGUGGCUAAGUCAUGCACCCAAUGUACAGAGGAUAUAGUAGCCUCUUUCCCACAUGUCACUCCUUGCCCUAUCCACUGUCCUAUCCUCUCUGAAUAAAGAGCCCAAAAAUAUAAGUUAAAAAAAAAGUUAGACAAAUUUGCCCUUUUAAAGGGUAACUAAACCCCAGAGUUUCGGCUGAAGAGCAUCUACUCAGGAAUUUCAAAAAAUGCCAAUGGAACGUCAAUGUAUCAAUUUGGACAGGGUGGGAGUUUGUGCAAUCAGGUGAGGUAGGUUAUAUAGGGUACGAUGACAGACGCAAGUACCAAAUUAUGUCACCGUGAACUCAGCCAGCCAUUAGAAAAGCUCCAUUGCAGUAGUCAGGUUUCGACCUGCAGAUGGCAGUCUCUACACACAUUUUCAACACAAUUUGAGGAAUUUUAAUAUGUUGUGCUCAACUGCUGGGAUCAAGACCCACAUUGAUUAACAGCACUACUAAAUCCCUAUAUAAAUAUGUUUCAGCUAAAAAAAAAAGUGGUUUGGGGUUUAGUUGCACUUUAAGGAGAUUCACCAACUUGUGAUGUCACGAUUUGAGCAAAUCUAAUUUUGUGUAAUUCUUGUGACUUUUUAAACAAGCUGUUCAGAGCAUCCCGCAGCCUGAGAUUACUCCAACACCUCACAAUUUGAAACGUUGCCCAUCUUUAGUAUUGACAUCCAACAUUUUACCUUAAUAUUUGUUUUUUUAAAUUAUGAAAAAAGCAUUAUACUGCCUCUUUGAGUCCACUAAAUAGUGCAUAGAAAUGAUCAGUCAACAUUUAGAGAGCAUUACAAAAAGGAUAACUGUAUCAUGGAAUGUUUCAUCAGUAGUGAAACAGGCAAAGAGAAAAUGUUUGAGUUGAAGUGGUUGUGCUGCUUGGAUGUAAUACACUUCAAUAUUAUAUCUAGUGGACUGCUGCUGAAAUAAAAAAUAUAUAAAGCA